UAACGGUGGGUGCGACCAGAAGUGAUAGUCGCAGCAAAACGCAGCGGAUAAGAUUACCAGAAACGAUAGUUAUUUGGCUGUGACAUUGGCGAAGAACAUGUUGUGGAUUUCGUUGGGAGUGAAAUUCACACCAAUAGCAUCGCCACUGACGCGGGAGGGCAAUCGCCGUGGCUUAUUCCUUCCACUUUCACCGUCUGCAGCACGCUCUUCAUCCACCUGUCGUCCUUGCCGUUGUAGAAGAAGUGAAGAAGAAACGUUUCAAGUGCUGACAGCUGUUAAGACUAGAUACAAUGACAUUCUAGUGGUCGACACUCCUAAAUCCAGGAUGCUACUACUCGAUUCAACUCAUAAUGUCCAUAGCGUUCUACAAAAGGGUAAUGAGAAAUGGACUGGUUCAUAUUGGGACGAAUUCGCAAGUUUGCCAGCUAUAGUUCCUGAAGGUCCCAUUGCAAUCUACGGAUUGGGUGGUGGAACCGCUGCACAUCUGAUGCUGGACUCAUGGCCUUCAUUGCAGCUUGAAGGUUGGGAGAUUGAUGAAAUAUUAAUUGAUAAAGCUAGAGAAUAUUUUGAGCUAUCCAAUCUUGAGAGGUGUAAUGAAGUUGGUGGUAGGCUUCAAGUUCAUAUUGAUGAUGCUUUUUCGUCUAUACAAAAUCUUCCUAAAGGCUAUGCCGGCAUCAUAAUCGACUUGUUCUCUGAUGGAAAGGUUUUGUCACAGUUGCAAGAGGUUGAAACAUGGUUGAACUUAAGUGAUAGAUUGAUGCCUGAUGGUCGCCUUAUGGUGAAUUGUGGCGGUGUAAGCGAAUCAUCUAUGGAUGGAAAAAUACACCAUCAAUCAGUUGAUGACACUUGGAUACAGAAUUCUACCAUCAAGGCAUUAGCUGUAGCAUUUCCUGGACAAGUACAUUGGAAGAGAACGCCGGAAAGUCAAGGACAAAAUUAUCUUGCACUAACUGGACCUUUGCCAGAUUUAACCUCAUGGUCGGCUACAGUCCCAGGUUGUCUAAGCGAAGCUGUGAAACAAUGGAGGACUUGUAAGACUUUUCCAUGAUAAAUGCCAUUAACCCUUUGCCUUGUUCAUUUGUAUGCUUCAAACCAUGAUAGGCCUUUCCUAAUGAGAAAACUCUGCACUGGUUACAAAUCCGCUAUGGAUGUUGGUAUCAUAGUUCUGGUUUGUUUUCCUCUCGUCCGCUUGUUUGUUAUCGUUUUAGAGUUGAGAAAUAUCAAAAUUAAAGUUGAAGAUGAGGAUCAGGCUCUUUUACU